UUACUGAACGUACCCAACACAUGAUCCAUGACCUACUUAUUAAUACUUGUUGCUUUAGCAGUACCCACCACUUCAAGAACUAAAGUGACAAGUACCACCAAAAACCCAACUUUUUCUCCACAAUGAACCCAACCCCUCCUCCCCAAACCACUCAACCUCUCUUAACCUUCCACACCUGCGAAACCAGAUCCCUCCCUCUAAUGGAAAGCACCACCCCCAAACCCACCUGCGCCGCCCCCCUAGAACCCUACAAGUGCCCCUGCGCCUUCCAAACCACCCUCCUCGUCAACCUCCUCACUCACUCCUCGCCCCCUCAUCGAAUCUUCUACUGCAAAAACUGCAACUCCUUCAGCUACUCCUCCAUCAUCUUCCUCCACCACAAAACCCACUGCAAUAAAAAGAAAACCACCAAACUCUGGUUCGAGUGUGAGCACUGCUUCUACAAAACCACCGUCAAACAAACCCUCCAGCGUCACGUCGUCGCCAAACACACCCCCGCCAGGCAAAUCCAGUGGUUGCAAUGUGAACUGUGCGUCUACCGCGCCAAACGCAAGGACCACCUGCGCACGCAUGUGCGCUGCAUGCACCCCCAAGACGGCGACAAGUGGCUUCAAUGUGAGCAGUGUCCGUACAGGACCACGCAGAAGGACCGCAUCCAGAAGCACGUGCUGUGCAAGCACAGUUCGGAGUACGGGUUUCACUGUGACCAGUGCGAGUACAAGUCCAAGUUGAAGUAUCACCUGAAGACGCACGUGCUCAACCAGCACCCGCCCCCGGGGGCGGUGCAGUGGUUUCAGUGUGCGAAUUGCGCGUUCAAGUGCAAGGUCAAGCAAGCGUUGAGGAGGCACAUGGUGCUGAGGCAUAAGAGGCCGAGGCGGUUGGGGUGUGGGGAGUGCGGGUAUAGGGCGAAGCGGGAGGGGAAUUUGGUGAGGCACAUGGGGAGCCAUAAAAUUAGACAAAAAUAAAAAACGUAGAAUAAUAUGAAUGACGAAAAUUGAACUUUUCUUGAAAGAUUUAUUUAUGCUUUGUUACGUAGAACAGACUGAUAUUUUCGUUUCGAUUAUAUUUAUAUGAUUUUUAUUUAUAAUACAAUAAAAGAGCGGACAAUAAACAAUUUAGAGAGAAACAAUGUCUUUAAUAAACAUUGGAAGUAAUAAAAGGACCUAAGACAGAACCUUGCAGUACACCACUUGUACAAGAGAACAAGUCAUACAUUAAUUUCCGCAUCCGUACUGACUAAUCACAAAGCACAUCCACGUCGAAUUUAUUCAGUCUCAAUUUAUCUAUUUCUGUAAUUUUUCAUUUCUGUAAUUUAUCGAUUUUUCAUUUUUUCGAUCAAUCAAUUUUUAAUUUCUCCAUUUUUAAUUUU